AUGGAGGACUUGCAAGACAAUACCACUGUCUUUUCCACCCUGAGAUCCCUCAACAACUUCAUUUCACAGCGUAUGGAGGGGGUGUCUGGGGUGGCUAUGCCAGGUUCAUCUCAAAGCUCCUUACAGAUUCAGUACCAGCAGAGGAUGCAGUUGGAAGAACAAGCUGGGCAGAUCCACUCCAAAUCCCAGCUCCUGCAAGUGGAACGGGAGAAGAUGCAGAUGGAGCUUAGCCACAAACGAGCUCGCAUUGAGCUAGAGAAGGCAGCUAAUACCAAUGCCAGAAACUAUGAGCGAGAGGCUGACCGUAACCAGGAGCUGCUCACACGCAUAAAGCAGUAUCAGGAAAGGGAAACAGAAGCUGAAAAUAAACUGAAAGAACAAAUGGAGAUGAACAAAUCCUACAAGAAGAGCAUGGAGACAAUGAGUAAGAAGCUGCAAGAGAAGGAGAGCAAAUUAGCUGAAGCUAAUGAAACAAUCGCCAUAUUAAAAGGGAAAAUAUCUGAGCUGCAGUGGAAUAUAAUGAAUCAAGAGAUGCAGAUGACAAGCCAAGACUCUCAGAAGCAGGAACUGAUGGAACAGCUGGAUGUUCAACAGAAAAAAUGGCAAGAGGCCAGUCAACAAAUCCAGACAUUGCAAGCAAGCCAAUCCCUCCUGACAGAAUAUGAGCAGAAGAUUAAGGAUCUGGAGCAGAAGUUCUCCCAGCAGGAACAUGAUGCUCUAAUUGUCAAGAACAUGAAAGCAGAGCUGGCCCGUUUCCCAAAAAUGGAGUGGGAAUUGCGCCAACUCAGGGAGGAAAAUGCCUACUUCAGGGAAAUGAAAGAAAACAACGGACUGCUUAAAGAGGAGGUAGAAGGUCUCCAAAGAAAACUGGAGCGCUAUGAGAAAGUCCAAGCGCAGCUAGUGGCCCUUGAAUUGGAAAAUGAGAAACUUCUGGGGAGAUUAAAAAGCUGGGAGAAACUGGACCAGAGUACUGGCUUGAAUAUCAGGACACCUGAUGAUCUCUCAAGGCAAAUUGUGGCCCUGCAGCAAAGGGAGCUUGUGCUGAAAGAUCAGAACUCUACUGUCACAAACAGUGCACGAAUCCUGGAGAAGGCCCGGCAGCAGCUGCAGGAGGAAAUGCUACGGAUUCAGAGCCAGCUCUUGGACGAGAAGAAGAAACGUGAGCAGCAUGAAGCGCUGGUCAGGAGGCUGCAGAAACGUGUACUGCUGCUCACCAAGGAGCGUGAUGGGAUGCGCGCCAUCCUGGAGUCGUACGACAGCGAGCUGACCCCUGCCGAGCACUCGCCCCAGCUGAGCCGGCGCAUGCGGGAGGCCGAGGAGAUGCUGCAGAAGCUGCAUGCUCAUAACGCCGAGCUGGAGGCUCAGCUGUCACAAGUUCUGGAAGAAGUGGGAACUCACAAGCAAAGAGCAGAGAUGCUGGAGGUGGAGAUGAAGGUCCUGAAGUCUCAAGAGUGCACAGCUGAGCAAAGUACCAUCAUCACCAAGGAGGAGGUUGACACACUCAGGCUGAAAAUUGAGGAGCUGGAAGCUGAACGCAGUAAGCUGGAAGAGGAGAACAGAUCUCUGGAAAUGAAACUGGAGAAGCUAACUCUGCAGGGCGACUAUGACCCCAGCAGAACCAAAGUUCUCCAUUUCAGCAUGAACCCAGCGAGCUUGGCCAAGCAGCAGCGCAAGGAGGAACAGCAGCACCUCCAGGAGGAGUGUGAAAGGCUGAGGGAGAUGCUGAGGGCGGUUGAAGGAGGCGGCUCCAUCCCUGGGAAUCUGGAAGGAGUUGGAAGUUUUCAGUCACCACAAGAAAUUGCAGAGCUGAAGAAGCAAGUGGAAAGUGCAGAACUGAAAAACCAGCGUCUGAAAGAAGUUUUCCAGACCAAGAUCCAGGAGUUUCGCAAAGUGUGCUACUCACUAACAGGCUACCAGAUCGACAUCACCACCGAGAACCAGUAUCGGCUCACCUCCAUCUACGCCGAGCACCAGGGGGACUGCCUGCUUUUUAAGGCCUCUGGCUCCUCGGGUGGGAAAAUGCAGCUUCUGGAAAACGAAUUCUCCCGAACCGUCCGGGAGCUGAUCGAGCUCCACCUGCUGCGCCAGGACAGCAUCCCAGCCUUCCUCAGCGCCCUCACCCUCGACCUCUUCAGCCGCCAGACCAUCGCUUAG